AUGCGGACAAGCGGGACGCUAUCCAGCCAUUCUCGUAUGGCCCUCGCAAUUGCAUCGGGAAGCACUUGGCAUACAAUGAGAUGCGCGUCAUCAUUUCGCGACUGCUAUGGGAAUUCGAUAUGA